AUGUCAAAAACAAAAAAUACUCAAAUAAAUGUAAUUCCUUCAAAUGAAGUAAAUAUCAGACUUAUUGGAAAUUCUUCAGCUUAUGAGAAAUCUGUAUUAGCUAAUAAUGAAAAAGAUCAUAAAGGUAACCAGAGACAAUUGGUUAUCAUAGAUAAACCAGACACACCUAAAGAUAUUGCUCUUCAUGCCAUUACGGGAGGACUUAAAUCAUAUGUAAUGGCGCACGGCAUUCGUGGUGGUGUGAAUUUCCUAUUAAAUUUAUUAACAGUAUUCCGGAAAAGGAAAGGAUCUAUAUAUAAGAUAUAUAAGGCGUUCCUCCAUGGAUUUUUCGGAAAGGACGCCGUGCGAUUUGGUGUAUCAUUUGGUGGAUUUUCGUUUUUAUGGAAGCUUAUCAAUAAUGGGUUGCGAUAUGUCAGAAAGAAAGACGAUCAUUGGAAUGGAUUUGUUGCAGGUUCCAUUGCUGGAAUUUCCAUAUUGGCGGAAAAACGAGAGAGACGAAUCUCUAUCGCGCAACAGUUAUUUGUUCGCGCGUUACAAGCUCUUUACAAUGCGGGCCACGCGCGUGAAUAUUUUCGAAUCCCUCAUGGAGACGCCUUACUUUUUAUCUUAACGACUGCACAAGUUCUUUAUGCUUAUACGAUGCGACCUAACACCAUACCAAAAGACUUUUUGAACUUUAUGAUAAUAACAGCACGCGUUCCAAAGAAAACAUUGGAUAUGAAUUUCAACUUGAGACGAGGCUUGCCUUUGAAUAAAGAAGAAGCGAUUAACCUUGUUAAAUCAUUAAAAGGAACGAAAAAUGCACUCGAGGUAGCCUACAAUUUACCUCCGCGACCAGUUUCAAUUCCUUGCGAACUAGUACAUCCGAAAUUUGAUUCAUGUGUAUAUACAAACAUUGAACGAUUUUAUCAAGUUUUUCGAAGAAUUGCACCAGUAUACGCCACACUUAAUUUCGUUCCAAUGAUAGCAUUCAAAUUCCAGCAACUUGCCAAAGAUCCCACGGCACUUAUUCAAAAAAGUACCUUCAACACGAUACGAUCAAGCACCUUUCUAGCCACUUUCGUAGCAAGUUACCAGUCUCACAUAUGCCUUCAUCGUAAUAUCAUCAAAUAUUUCAAUGUAAAGUGGGAUUCUAAAUAUUUAUACUGGUGGGCCGGAUUUAGUUCAGCACUCGCCAUUUUCAUUGAACAUAAAAACCGAAGGGCAGAUUUAGCUUUAUACGUAUUACCAAAGGCCGCAGAAUCUUGGUACAAGAUCAUGUGUCAAAAAAAUUGGAUAUUUGAAUUACAUCGAACGGCAGAUGUAUGGUUCUUUUCCGUGGCCAUGGGUAUAAUCAUGACUGCAUAUCAACACGAACCUGAGUCCUUAAGUCCAAUGAUGCAACUUGGAGAACAAAUACCUACUCUAAUGUUGGAACAAUAUGAUACAGAAAAAAGUUUAAAGAAUUUGACCAUAAAGGAACGUUUGAAAUGGUAUCAAAAGCAAAAAAAAUAUACAACUGAUAAAGUGUUGUGUUACGGGUUGUUUGUUUUCGGAUUUUUUUGUAAUCGCAUUAAUGGGAAUUACGAUGAAUUCUCCACCAAGGAUCCAAAAAAAGAAUGUACAUUACAGUCAUGUGAUCACGAUCCUCAUUCCGAUUAUACGGUCAUACGAUCAAUGAGAGAAGAACGAUGGAUUUAUACCGCGUCAUUUUUUUGUACGGAAUUGAUGCUCUUCAUUGAAGAAUAUCAAUUUUUAAAAAGAAGAAUCCUUAGAUAUUAUUAUUAUGAAUCUAUCGAAAUCGAUAAUCUUUUGUUAAACGACAAUGCAGCGAUUUCUCAAGAUAUUUGUACACCUUGGGAUGUAUGUGAUCCUGGAUCUUCUUUACUCAUAGAUGAGAAGAUGCUACGAGAUAUUCGAUUCUCAACGAGGGUAGAAAUGGAGGUAUCACCAGUGACGGUAUCAAUUCACGAUACUUUGAUGAGAUGCUUACCAGUUAACGUGAUAGAUUCAACGGUACGAAACGUUACCGCAAAAGUCAAUACGGAAGAUUAUAGAUUAGAAACCGCGAAAGAAGAAGUAUUAUAUUUGUUAUAUGGACCGGACAUGAGAUGUGAAGUCGUUUAUGGACAGGACGAAAAGAAUCCCCUAUGUUUCUGUGUAGAAGACGUUAAACGAAGGUUAAAGACCAUGUGUCUGGUAAUUGAUGGCGAUGAAGCAAUGCGAUGCGAUCACAUUUCGUCAAUUUUGCAUGCAUCAAAUCUCAAUGUAAGAAAUAUAUUGGAAAUUAAUGUUGGAUUAUUGGAAAAUCGAGUAAAGAUUGACACGUCACCAGAUUAUUCCCAAUCUAAUUUCACGCAUGUUACACCUUAUAAAAAUAUUCAUGGCUAG